GGAUCCCGUUUUAGGCUUCUCAGUUACGUUGACGAAUAGGAGGCGGUUGCGGGUGAACUGGUUUCUCCUCACCAUGACACUUAAAUUGAUUCCGAAUUGUUGAUUUUGUGGGACAUUACCAUUAUCUUUUAGUGCCAAAAUGAGAUCAUCAAUAUGGAUCGUGACAUUAGGAGUUUUCGCCAAUGUCAUGAUAUGUGCUCACAGUGCUCGCCAACAGGAGGACAUGGAAAAGUCCGUCUCCACGGACACGGUUAAAAAGCUGACGUCACUCCCUGGUAACGAAGACUGUGGUAUUAGUGGCAGCAAAACUGGUCGCAUUGUCGGUGGAGAGCCAGCGAAGCUCGGUGCUUGGCCCUGGAUCGGGGCUGUUGGAAAAAAGCAAGGUCGCAACAAAUAUUUCUGGUUCUGUGGCUCGUCUCUGAUUUCUGAUAGACACGUCAUAUCGGCCGCUCACUGCUUCCUUCCCAGGGGUGAAAAACCACUCACUGUGAAAGGGCUAAUUGUUAAAUUUGGAGCAAUUAACUUGUCCGACAAUGACAAGGACGGGUCCAAACCCGAUUACGUUCCUGUCGCGAAAAUUACAGCCCAUCCUUUGUUUAAGCCAGAGAGCAUUUCGGAGGGAUACGAUAUUGCAGUUUUAACACUAAAGAGGAAGGUACAAUUUUCAGAACUUGUCAGACCUGUAUGUCUGCCUCAUAAGAAUAUCUUCUUCACGAAUAAAGAUUUCGAAGGGUAUCAGCCGUUCGUUGCGGGCUGGGGAAAGCUUGAUGAAGAGGGAGAUACCGCAAAGAUUCUAAUGCAAGUUCAGCUUCCUCUACUGAGCACGGAAGAUUGCCUCGGUCUCCUGGAGGAAAAUUCUAAUGCAAUCAUGCACCCUGAUUCGGUGUGCGCGCUAGCGGAGGGUAAAGAUGCUUGCAGUGGUGACAGCGGUGGCCCGCUGAUGUUGCCAAUUGAGGAUCGAUAUUAUUUGUAUGGCGUGGUCUCUUACGGCGAUGGGUGUGCCAAACCAGACAGCCCUGGCGUUUACAAUAAAGUUCACACGCACUUGAAAUGGAUUUCCGACCAGUUGGAUGAACCAUUAAAUUUCUUAGUUCGUUUGCUGCUCGGAUGAGUGAAUGACUCUAACUUAAAGAGACGUUCAUGAUAAAGAAUAAAAUUCAAGACAAAUGUAAUUGGGCUGCACAACGGAACAUCUGUCAUUUCGGUUUCAUACGUGCAUGACGAAACAUUGAGAAGCACAAGGCUUAAUUGGAAAAUUAUAGACUGGGUCUUUUGAUCACUAAAAAAAUGUUUAUGAGGUUAACGAAACACCUCGGGUUUUUUAGUUCACGCUCGUGAAAUUUUAGCAAAGCAAUGUUAAAUUCUAGUCCGACUUCCAGGCAAUUUUUUUUUCAAAAUUUAUCUCACUUGAUGAUAAGACGCCAUUCUGUCAAUUAAAGCUUUCAAUUCGAAAAUUUAA